AUGUCGUCCCUCCAGGAGAUGCGGACGCUGGGCAUCGACCCGAGUCGCCGAAACACACGUGCCAUUCCUUUGUCCGACGCCGAACGCAAGGUUCUCGAGCCCUAUCUCGACAACAUCCACUACUCGCAGAGAUACUCAGACGACCAGUACGAGUACCGGCACGUGCUUCUGCCCAAGCAGAUGCUCAAGCUCAUCCCUGACCAGUACCUCGACGAGAGCAAAAAGACCAUGAAGCUGCUUUGGGAGGACGAGUGGCGGUCUAUGGGGAUCACACAGGUCGGUCGUAUUGACAUUCCUGACCUUGUGCAGAGUCUAGGAUGGGAGCAUUACGAGGUGCACGAGCCGGAGCCACACAUUCUUCUCUUCAAGUGA